UCCUUUCCUUUUACCUUAAUUAUCUAAACAUAAAAUAAUACAAUCAUUCCCUUCCCUUCUCUUCCCUUCCCUUCCCUUCCCUUCCCCUUCCUCAUUUUUAUUUAUCCAAACAAAAUUAACACACAUCGUUUCAUUCCAUUUUCUUGCCUUCCCUUUCUUUUCCUCCCAUUCCAUUUCCUUUUAUUUUCCCCCAUCCCCAUCCCCCUCCCUUCCCUUCCUUUCCCUUCCCUUUACUAUUUUCUAUCCAAACAACGCGUAACUAUAAUUUUUAUUAGAGAAAAAAUAUCGCAACUGUCAUUUUCUUCUUUGUCAAUGUCAACAAUGGAGGUCGGGGAUUUAUUUGUGUGGAAAAUUAUUGACAUAUUUUUUCAUUCAACGAACUCAUUAUUAUGGACCGCUGGUUUCCUACCGUCUUCAAUCUCCCUCUUUGUGCUGUACAAUCUCCAAGCAUUUCUCUCUUCGAAAUUACUGAACCAAAUAUGGCUACUGAUCCUAUCCUUAAUUCUGUUACGGAUGUCACCUUAUCCAAGGUGAUUUCAGUUGCUAACGAGCAGCUCAACUUAGCUGUUGGAUUCAGGCAGGAGCUGAGGAGGUUUCAUGACACGCUGAAAAUGAUCCAGGGGGUGUUGCAGGAUGCAGAGCAGAAGGGAAUGAUAAACCGCCCUAAUCUGAAGCCUUGGCUUGAAGGGCUUUGGAAUAUAGCUGAAGAGGCUGACGAUGUGGUGGAUGAAAUUGAAUAUGAAAAUCUGCGGUACAAGGUAGCUCAAAUGUGGGAAAAGGAAAAAUUGAGGGAGGAAAAUUAUCUUCUCAUACUAGAUGAUGUAUGGAAUGAAGAUUGCCAAAAAUGGGAAUCCUUAAGGAGCUGUUUGUUGGGAAUAGGUAAAAAUGUUAGGACUAGGAUUCUUAUCACAACUCGAAGUGAACAUGUAGCUUCCACAAUGGGAACACUUUCUGAGCACAUGCAUCAUCUUGAGAAGCUAACAGAUGAGGAUUGUUGGUCUAUAAUCAAGCAGAGAGCAUUUGUCAGCUCAUCAUUCUCUUUUGAAUUGGAGGGGAUUGGAAGGGAUAUUGCUACCAAAUGUAGAGGUUUAGCAUUGUUGAGUUUCAAUCACCUGCCAACACCUACUUUGAAACAAUGUUUUGCUUUCUGCUCUAUUUUCCCAAAAGAUUUUGUCAUGGAAAAAGAGAUGUUAAUUCAGCUUUGGAUGGAUGAAGGGUUUCUUCAGCCAUUUAGUGAAAGUUACUCUGAGAUGGAGGAUAUUGGUGAUAAGUAUUUCAAUGCAUUAUCCUCAUAUUCUUUAUUUCAAGAUACAGAAAGAGAUUCUUAUGGGAGCAUUAUUGCUUGCAAAAUGCAUGAUUUAGUUCAUGAUUUUGCACAAUUUGUUUCAAAGUCCCAAACUUUGGUUUUGGAAGAUGGCAGCAAAAGAAAUAUUCCUGCAAGCAUUCGACAUUUGAAUGUGAUUUCUAAGAAGGGUAUGGCAACAACAAAAUUAGGGGAUGCCACUAAAAAAUUGCACACUUUGUUUUCACAGGUUGAUGUCUUUCAUAGUAUGUCAACAAACUUGAGAAAGGUGCGGGCUCUUAGUUUCUGUGGUGCUAAUAUUGACGUGUUGCCAGCUUUUUUGGGGAAAAUGAAGCAUUUAAGGUUCUUGGAUGUUUCAGAAACAAAAAUCAAAGAACUUCCCAAAUUCAUCACCAAGCUCUAUCAGUUGCAGACAUUUAGAUUUAUGGAUUGCUGGGAAAUCAAAAGGCCUUUGGAAGGAAUAUGGGAUUUACUCAAUUUGAGACACAUUUAUUUCAAUGAUGAAGAGCUUAUGCUAGUCGGGAUUGGUAGACUCACUUGUUUAAAAACAUUACAAUUAUUUGUUGUGGGCCGAAAGAAGGGACAUCAAAUCAAAGAACUGAGACGUCUAAGCCAACUCAAGGGGAAAUUAAAAAUUCGUAAUUUGAAUAUGGUUAGAGACAAAGAAGAAGCCAUGGGAGCAAGACUUUCUAAAAAAGAUAAAAUUCAAGAGUUGCAAUUGGUGUUUGGUUGGAAAUCCUAUGGUAGUGAAGAUAGAUGCAAACAUGAUGAAGAUAUCUUGGAAGGCCUCCAACCUCAUUCAAAUUUGAAAGGCUUAAUUGUUGAAUGCUAUUGUGGUAAAAGUUGUCCUACAUGGAUGUCAGAAAUAGAAAAUUCAAUGUCAAAAAGAGUGAAUUUUCUCAAAAAUCUGAUGUUCAUGACCUUUGAUGAAUGUCCCUGGUUAGAAAGCAUUCCAUCACUUUCACUUAGCGAUGAGGCAAAGGUGGAAAUUAAAUAUUGCAAGAAUUUGAAAUGCAUUGCAUAUUCGUCCCUAAAAAAACUCAUCAUUAAACAAUGUGAAGAACUGGUUAAGGUAGAGGUUGGACCAGUUGCCAUGAAAUCUCUCAAAGAAGUACAUAUAGAGAGAUGUGGUAAAUUGGAAAAUCUUCUGAUGAUUAGUAAAUUACAAUCCCUUGAGAUACUUGAUCUUCAGGAAUGCGCGGAAUUGAAGAUAAUUGGGGAUGAUGCUCGAUUUGCCUCCACGUGUCUGCAAGAGUUAAAUAUUUCUGACUGUGAUAGGUUAAUGUCCAUGCCCGGUGUAGAUGGGAUUUUCUCUCUUCAAAAAAUUAUUAUGGACAAGUGUGGGAAAUUGAAAAGCAUAAGAGAAAGUUUAUCUACCUCCACGUGUCUCAAAGUGUUGAUUAUACAGGAUUGUAAUGAUCUGACGCCCCUUCUGAGCCUGCACGGGCUUUCCUCUCUUCAAAUAAUUGAUAUACACAGCUGUUGGGAAUUGAAAAGCAUAGGGGAGAGUUUAUGUACUGCCACCUGUCUCAAAGAGUUGCGUAUAUUGGGUUGUAAUGGCAUGACAUCGCUUCCUAGUCUUCAUCAGCUUUCAUCUCUUCAAACUUUAUCGAUAGGGCAUUGUGGUGGAUUAAGCAGUUUGCCAAGUGGGUUGCUAUCAUGCACUGCUCUUGAGGAAUUGGCUAUCGCCUACUGUGAUAAUCUAAUCUCUAUUCCAGAUGAUUUGAGGAAGAGCUGGAGCAUCCCUAACCCUACCUGCCUUACUCGCUUGAAAAAGCUGAUUAUUGGUGGUUUCUCAACAAAGCUCCAAGAAUUUCCAGAUCUGGGCUUCAUCGGAUCUCAUCUUGAAGAACAAACUUUGAUUGCAUGGGGAAAACCAAGAGAACGUCUGCUGGAUCAAAUUCAACACCAAACUGCCGUUAGUUGGGAGGUUGAGAUGUCAUACGUAGACUACAAAAUCCAACUAAAAGAAUAUGGUGCAGAUUUGUCUACUCUGCAGCAAACGUUGUUCAAGAAGUUCAAGGCCGUGGUUGAAAACCAAAGUGGAUGUAGAAUUAAAAAGCUUAGAUCAGACAAUGGUAAAGAAUAUACCUCUGCUGAGUUCAAUAAUUUUUAUGAAGAGGCAGGCAUCCAACACCAACUUACAGUCAGCUAUACUCCACAACAGAAUGGAGUUUCUAAGAGAAAGAACAGGACAGUUAUGGAAAUGGCCAGAGAUGUGACUUUUGACGAAGGAGGUUUCUGGAAUUGGGAAGCAAAAAAAGUUGAAAAAACAGAUGAUGUGCAAAAAAAUUCUGAAAGUUUAGCAAGCUCCAGCAUGCCUUCAAAUACAGAGAUUGCUGAAGUUGAUGAUGACUCUCCAAUUUUGAAGACAAAGUCCUUGUCUGAAGUGUAUGAGAGUUGGCCCGGAGUUGAUUAUGGUGAGACUUUUGCACCAGUAGCUAGGCAUGAUACAAUUAAACUCCUUGUUGCUUUAGCUGCAAAUUUGGGCUGGAAACUCUAUCAUAUGGAUGUUAAAUCAGCCUUCUUGAAUGGAAUCCUAGAGGAAGAAAUUUAUGUUGAACAACCUCAAGGUUUUGAAGUUGCUAGAAAAGAGGACUAUGUGUACAGGCUUAACAAAGCCUUGUACGGUCUGAAACAGGCACCAAGGGCCUGGUACAGCAGAAUUGAUGAUUAUCUUCUACAACAGGAUUUCAGGAGGAGCGAAAAUGAGGCUACUUUAUAUGUCAAGGGCACAAAUUCUGAUUCUCAACUAAUAGUGUCUUUAUAUGUUGAUGAUUUGCUGUUAACAGAUGGUAAUGAGCACCUCUUGAACAAUUUUAAGGCUGAAAUGAUGAAGGAGUUUGAAAUGUCAGACUUGGGUGAGAUGAAAUACUUCCUUGGAAUGGAAAUUCAGCAGUGCAAAAAUGGCAUCUUUCUGUCACAAAGAAAGUAUGCACUUGACAUAUUGAAGAAAUUUGGAAUGGAAGACUGCAAGCCAGUGGCAACUCCCUUGGUUCUCAAUGAAAAAUAUGUGAUUGAUGAUGGAAAAGAGAAGGCAAAUUCUUCUCAGUACAAGAGCUUAAUUGGCAGUCUACUAUAUUUAACAGCUUCAAGGCCAGAUUUAAUGUAUUCAGUGAGUCUUCUUUCUAGAUUCAUGUCCUCACCCAGUCAUACUCAUUUUUUAGCAGCUAAACGAGUUCUCAGGUACCUAAAAGGAACUUUUGAUUAUGGUAUCUGGUAUGAAAUGGGUUGCAAAGGAAAACUUGAAGGUUAUGUUGAUAGUGAUUGGGCUGGUUGUGAAGAUGAUAUGAAGAGCACAACUGGUUAUGUCUUUUCUUUUGGUUUCGGAGCAUUUACUUGGAUGUCAAAGAAGCAAGAUGUGGUAGCACAAUCCACCGCUGAAGCAGAAUAUGUUGCAGCAUCUGCAGCUGCAAAUCAAGUUGUAUGGUUGAGGAAAAUGCUGGUUGAUUUGGGUUUUAAUCAAGACAAAGCAUGUGUUUUGAAGAUUGAUAAUAUGUCAGCAAUUUCAAUAGCUCAAAAUGCAAUUCAACAUGGAAGAACAAAGCACAUCAAGGUGAAAUAUCAUGUCAUCAGAAAUUUCAUCAAGGAAAAGGAAAUCAGUUUGCAGCACUGUGAUUCAGAAGAGCAGAAUGUUGAUAUCCUGACCAAAUCCCUUCCUAAGCCAAGAUUUGAGAAGCUGAGAGAAAAGCUCGGAGUUACAAAGCCAAACACCAAGUAUCUCCAAAUAAGUGAUUUUGAUGGACUGGAAGCUUUGCCAAAUAGGUUUGGAAACUUAUCCUCUCUUCAAACUCUGGAGAUUUCCAACUGCAAAUCUCUGAAACAUAUGGAAGCCAUUCAAUGCCUCUCCAAAUUAGAAAGGCUUUCUAUUUAUCACUGCCCUGAGUUAAAGGAAAGAUGCACCAGUGAAAAUGGUUCCGAGAAGAUCAUCAUAGACUUCGAAAUGAUCUAAUGCAAAAGAGAUCUCAUAGAGGAAUGCAAAACAUGGAUUGGAGUUCUUUUAGGUGUCAUGGUUUCAAUAAGGUUUGAUUGCUGUGAUUGUAGGCCAUCCAUUGGCCUUGAAACACCUAACUAAUGCUCAUCGAACAAGCAAAAAGCAAUUAGAAAGCCGCUGUCAUCAAGAGAAAUUAAGAAUGAUUCUGGUAUGUUCCCUGAGUCUCAACCAUUUAAGCGUGGGCUUUCUGAUUUUUUAAUCUUUUGUUAAUUAGUACAAUGAGCAUAGUCUUAUGGUAAAACUAAUUGAGAUUCUUCCUUUAAAAGUUAUUGGACCAUAAGGUUUUAAUCUCUUGGAGGUGCUCAAUUUCAGUCAGCUGGGAGAAUGACAAGAUGUUGAUCAGUCUCUUAUACCUUGAGUGGGUAAAUCACUUCUAAGUUCAAUUUGUUUCAAAGAAUGGCAGCUGAUACAAAGUUGCUCAUGGACUUCCAAUUUGUCGGUCUCUUUCUGUUGAGUUGUCAUCAACUAAGCUGUACCCCAGGCUCCAGGGACAUCUCAACCUAUAGUGACUCUUUAACUCCUUGAAGCAGGGAAUUCAAGAUGAAAACAAAAAGAGUCAACCAUGACAACCAGUAGCUAACCAUGGAGAUCAAUGGUAUACUAUUGUAGACCCAGUGGUGGCGAACGUAAUUUGUUCAAUAUCUUUUUUGUCUUGAAAUGGUGAUGAAGAGAUUUGAACCUACUUUCCAACAUAGGUCGCAUCUCUCCGGUUACUCAGCCAACACCUGUAGUGUCAUUUGUGCUAGCAACCCAGUGAUGAUAUGGCAAGUCUCGAAAGUGAAGAAAUGUCAUCCAGAUCA